AUGUAAUCAUAUAAAGAGGCUUUAUAACUGUUCUAAAAAAAUUCAAUGAACCUACCAAUGAAGGAACAUGAGGAUAAAUUAAAUAUUAUGUUAGAAUACAUAUUACAUGAAUUGGAAAGAGACAAAAAAGAAUUGCAAAUUUUGAGAUAAGAAAUCAUUCAUGAAUCAUAUUUAUAAUCCUCUAUAAACGAUGACACCUCAACUGGCUUUAUAGAAGAAUUAGCAGACUUCACUAGAAGUUUUAGAAAGUUGGCCGAAGAAUUAAAUAAUGAGACCAAUGAAAUAAGUAAUUAGGUGGAAACAUUAAAAAAUGAAAAAGCCAGAAUUAGAAAAUCUACUAAUUUAUUGAAUCACAGAGUAUUUGAAAUGGAAAAAUUCUUAGGAGUCGGACUAAAUUAAGCGAAUUCCUAAGAAGCCAACAAUUGA